AUGAACGCCAUGGUGGAGUUGGAACCUGUUGUUUGGAACUUUACGCUCAAAUUAGACAACAGCACGUGCGCUAAUGAGACAGUAGCAGGAUAUCCAGCAGACGAGUAUUAUAACAUUGUUCACGUCACGGAAACCAAAAUUCUCCUAUAUAUAUAUAUAUAUAUAUACAGCACAGGAGUUCUUUCUUGUUUUUCUUGCAGGUCUGCCAAAAAGACAGUGCCAGAUGUGUAUGUGGGGAAUUUGGCUGUGGCCGACCUGAUCCACGUGACGGUCAUGCCGUUCCUGAUUCACCAGUGGGCGCGUGGAGGGCACUGGGUGUUCGGCAGCACGCUCUGCACCAUCAUCACCUCUCUUGAUAACUGCAACCAGGUGGCGUGCGCUGCAGUCAUGACCGCUAUGAGUCUGGACAGAUACCUGGCCCUUGUUCAUCCAUUUCGCCUACUGAGUCUCAGGACCAGAUCCAGGACGAUCCGUAUUAACCUGUUUGUGUGGGCGGCCUCUUUCAUCAUGGUUCUGCCUGCCUGGGUUUAUGCCAAAGUGAUCCGCUUCAGGGACGGGCUAGAGAGCUGUUCCCUUAACCUGGUCUCUCCCAAAGAAGUGCUCUGGUAUACACUCUACCAGACUGUGACCUCCUUCUUCCUGCCAUUACCUCUCAUUCUCAUCUGCUAUAUACUGAUUCUCUGCUACUCCUGGAGAAUGUAUCGCAAGAACAAAAAGGCUCACAGGUAUAACACCAGCCUGCCUCGAGAGCGUGUGGUCCGCCUCACUAAAAUGGUCCUGGUUCUCGUAGCAGUUUUCCUGGUCAGUGUUGGGCCGUAUCACGUCCUGCAGCUGGUUAACCUGAGCAUACCUCGCCCCUCAUUAGCGUACCACACCUGCUACUACCUGUCUGUGUGCCUGAGCUACGCCGCCAGCAGCAUAAACCCCUUCAUCUACAUUCUGCUGAGCGGACACUUCCGCCACAGGCUGGUCUGUCGGGAUACACCCAGCAUGCCAAGUGUGGAACGGGAAAUCCAGGCCCCCCACUCCAGUUUUUAA